AGCAGAGAGCUGUCUAAAUGUCAGGAAACCCCAGCUAUAUCAAAAAUUUGCAGCCAUACUGGCCCAUGUGUGUUCUCAAUGUAUUCUUGAUGGAAACAAAGAGUAUAAGAGAAACCUAAAUUCCCACCGGAUUAUGGAGCUAUGGGGUAUAAAUGAAAUGAUUUGACUUUUAUCACUCAUUUAGCGUUUGCUAGCUAGUGUUAACUUACUGUGGUCCAAAAUUGUAUACUACCAUACUAAAUACUUAGCCGUCAAAAUGGCUCUCUAUUUGUCACUUCCUAUAGCGAAGCACUAUUUAGCACGACGGUAUACAGCAUUGUGAACUGUAUCGUGUUUCCUGCGCUGCAUAUCGGCACAGUCACGGCGAGGACGCAAAUUCAGCUCUCGUGUGAUCUACGGUUUUCAAAUCUGUGUAAAACCAGAGGGAGUUUUUGUCACCAUUAGACCGUUUGUUUUCGAAAUAUUAACCAGUGCCUGGCUUCUGUAGCAGAUCGUUUGUUGACGGUUUAUCCAAUCACAUGCAUUUAUGUAACUUAUUUAGCUGAAGGCAGCUCAUCAGACCAGAGACUAGCUUCAGGCAGAGAGACGUUAACUCAGAAAGGGGAUAAGAGACUCUUUGUUUUAUUUACCCGCAUCUAGUCUGAUUACUGAACUGACUUCUAGGCUUGUUUAAAGAAAAGUCGAUCACUGAAGCAGAAUGUUUAAAGAUGACUACACAGAGAGGUAUGCGCUUGAUCUCUGCUUCAAGUCAAAAGAUGUCGAACAAAGUAUGAAACAAACCAUAACCGAUCAAAUGGUCUUAUUUAUAGCAUUAAUGAUUAAACGUUAAACGGUAGCUGACAUUCAGUUAUGCAAGGGAUUUGAUAUAACUGACCCACAACCUCUGAGAUAGCAGUAGAACAUGUGUGCUGGCACUAAUGGCUCCUUUAAUAUCGCUAAAUGGCUAAAUGACUCUGAAGAAAAAAAAAAAUGUAAAUACGUAAAUAAUCUCCCAGUAGUUCAGUCUAUUUCCGCGCAGUGAGGUGCCAACACCUCACAGUAUAAACAGCUAAUAGCUGUCAGAAAAUGCUCCUGACGGGAGAAAGAAUCCCUUCUGAGGGUUGUGUUUGUGAGAGAGGACGAGACAGUCGAUCUGGCAGCGUCAGCUAGAUUGAGUCAAACAAGGCCUCCGUCAGUAAGGUAAACGUCUCUACAGGAUUAAUGGUGUGAAACCGAGAAGUGCCUUUUUAGGUCUUAGGAGUUGCGUGAGUGUUUUUGGCCUGGUGAAAGGAGGGGGUUUGCCAGUGCCCUAGUCAAGGUCGGAGUAGGAUGGCUCCACACUGAUAGUGUCAGAGAGCUAUGAGUGCCAGAGCUUUCAGCUCCACAGCUAGAGGAAAUGUCUUUCCUCACACACAGACAGGAAGCUGAACACUGUCAUUAUCCCAUUAUCUGUGUAUCAUCAACCUACACCUACCCCUGCUGAGCACUGUUCAUAAUGACUGUGUAAUAUUGUUGUGUGUUAAACAGGAUAGUAUAAAAACACAUGUUUAUACUUCGGAAUGCUCCGUUUUCUUUCUUUGGCUCAUUUCAGGAUCAGAAAAAUGAAAAAAGACAAACCUCCACAGUAAUUACAGUGUGUGUAAAGCCCACAUGCUUGCCCGUACUGUUGGUCGUUUGGUAGAUAGCAUUAUCUUCAGUUCAGCAGCAUUAUAGAGGCAGAGGUCCAGCUUUUCUCGCUCUUUCUCUCUUUCUGUCUGCCAAAGCCACCUGGGAUGCUCGAUAUUAUCCUUCUGUUUCCUUUGACACUGUACAGCUGGCUUUUUACACCAGCAAAAAUGUCAUCCAUUAUUCUAAACAACAUUCCAGCGCAUUGUCCAGGCCUGAGCUUCAGCGUGCAUCGUCAACGUUUUAGUGCACAAAGGUUUAAAAUAUCUAUUGUGUCAUGCUGGGAAAACACGUUCUUAUCAGCAGUCACCUAUCUGCAGCCUGGACAAGGCCUUACUCUGUCCCUGGAGGAAGUUCUUUUAUUGGAUGCUUCUAAACAGUGACCUGACUCUGACUUCUAUCUGCUCAUCGAUUAGAUCUAACCUCGGUUGCCCCAACACCUCUGUGCCUGCCAGAUAGUCCGCAGCCGUACCACACAAGUCUUCAUCUCGGUGCAUUGCUGUGAAAGAGUGGAGGAAAAAGUAGAGCUAUGCUUCCUCUGUUUACUACAAGCCUGAGAAAACAUUUAUGGCAUUCUGUUGGGGCAAGGAAUGUCUUGUUUUGGAAUGAGAGGACAAUGGAUAACCUCUGUUUUCAGGCAGCGGUAGUCCUGGAGAAACAGGGUCGCAACUGUGGAAUGUGGAUUUCUAUUUAGAAAAGGGGAGUGUGUUAUACAUUCAAGUCAUUUUCCUUUCAGAGAUCAGAAGUCAGACAUGACUGAAGAAGUGGAAGUAACCGUCUCACGGCUUUACUCCUUAUGUCAUAUCUUUACUUGCCCUACAUCAAACUUGUCCUGAAUGUAACUGAACUUGUCAGUUGAGUGACCGUGCAUGUUUUUCUACAACAACUAUGUCGUCCCCUGUCUAGAGAGGACUGCAUUCUUCCUCAGCCCACAAGAAUCUUAUGGGGGAGGAUGCAGGAAGUGGCUCGAUGGGUGACCACUGGGAGCCACGUAUUUCAGACCCAUCUUCCUGUGUGAUAAAUUUGAGAUUUCCUUUGCUUUGGGGCCAGAGGACCCUUCCAUGUAGGCAGUUUGUUCAUGAGUAGGGAGUCAUUGAUUUGAGCUGCGGUUACUCAGAGGCAGGGAAACUAAGAGCAGCUGCUCCGUUUUGCCGCUAAUCUGCUUACACUGCAGCCACUAAUUGCAUUGCAAAUUAUAAGUACGACUUUUUGAAAGAACUCGGGUCAGCGGUCAUUAGGCACAUGGUGCAUGUCUUUUGCUUUCUACUGCACAGAGGGGAAUUCCCCAUUCACCAAAAAAACCCCGUCAAAGACUCCUCCGUAGAGCGUAUCACACAGUGUCUGGUGUGGGCUUUUUACAGUCGGAGCAAAAUGGAGGGAUGGAGCUGUAGUAGUGUUUCAGUGAAGUAUUUCCAAAACAACGGUCUAAAAGUCAAACUCGACGGAUGCCGUUUCAAACGAGCGGUGGAGACUUGUUUUGCUGGGGGUUUUCAGAAACACUAGGAGCUCCACUUGUGGUGAGGGCAUGAGGGUGUUGGUGGAUGCCCGGGACAAGCUCAAGGUACCCUGGCAGAACUCGGAAAAUGAGAAGCAUGGCAUGUUUGUUAUGUCGUUCGAGAACAAGGCAGGGAUGCCGGUGGAGCCCUGUACUUUCCAGCUGUAUGUACCUGCCCUCCAGGCACUCUGGGGUGACUCGGGCAUCCAGGAGGCCUACGGGCGCAGGAGCGAAUUCCAGCUGAGUGAAUCAGUGAAGUAUUUCCUGGACAACUUGGAUCGGAUCGGACAACUGAGUUACCUCCCAAGUCUUCAGGACAUCCUCCUGGCCCGGAAGGCCACCAAGGGCAUAGUGGAGCAUGACUUCAUCAUCAAAAAGAUCCCCUUCAAGAUGGUGGACGUAGGCGGUCAGCGCUCCCAGAGGCAGAAGUGGUUCCAGUGCUUCGACGGCAUCACGUCCAUCCUCUUCAUGGUCUCGUCCAGCGAGUACGACCAAGUGCUGAUGGAGGACCGGCACACAAACCGCCUGGUCGAGUCGAUGAACAUUUUCGAGACCAUCGUCAACAACAAGCUCUUCUCCAAUGUCUCAAUAAUCCUAUUCCUCAACAAGAUGGACCUGCUGAUGGAAAAAGUGGCCAAGGUGAGCAUUAGCAAGCACUUCCCCGACUUCCGCGGAGACCCGCAGCGACUGGAGGACGUACAGAACUACCUGGUGCAGUGCUUCAAGCGCAAGCGCCGCAACCGCAGCAAACCGCUGUUCCAUCACUUCACCACGGCCAUCGACACGGAGAACAUCCGCUUCGUCUUCCACGCCGUCAAGGACACCAUUCUGCAGGAGAACCUGAAAGACAUCAUGCUGCAGUGACUGAGAAACACGUCAGACAACUUGACCACUGUAAUUCUUACCACUGUGAGAUGAGACUGCCUUCCUCACACCAUUUCUACACAAUCAGAUGAACAGAUAGAUGCAGUAGACAGUUGUGCGUUACUGAUUUAUUGUCAGCUGAUUGCGAAAUAGACUCGUGUAUGUGCUUUUGGCCCACUGUGUACCACUAUGUAUAAGAUGAGGCAUCUGGGAACUGUGAUUCGAAACUGUAGCACAUGUAUAUGAGCAUAUCUGAUGGAAAAUAACACUGAGCUUUUGUGCGUCUGUGUGUAUAUGUGUAUGUGUGCGUGCGUGUUUUGUGCAAGAGAUAGACGAGCAAGAAAGAAAGUCUCACAGCGUUGGCUUGCCGAGUCCUCCCAGAGUCGACUCAUUGUAUAAAAAGACAAAGCUCCGGAGUUAGUCAUCAGAAAGUGAAAUGAAUUACUGACUUCCUGUCUGCUCCUAACCACGGCCGAUCUAAGUGUCUUCCUCUGAAAUAGAUGAUGUCGGGGACUUCGGGGUGAAGCCGUCUGACGGCGCUCUUUGUCCCUGAUUCGAAAUGGCUGAAAAGGAAAAACUGAUUCUUCUUUAUUGUAAACAAAGUUUGAACAUCUCUUUACGGUUGUUUUUUUUUUUUGCUAUUUCUUCACGGAUGAAACUCUAAGCACUUCUGUUUCAAACCGGUUCAACAAAGAACCCCCAAAAACUGAUCUUCUGCACUAACAUGUGAGUUUGAGCCCUUGAUUUUUUUUCCCAUAUCUGCAGUGGCAGUUUCGUAUCCAAAAAUAAGCGGAUCCUUAAGAAGUAUUAUAUUUGAAUUAAGCUGGAGAUUUGUACAAAGACAUAAAUGGAUAUUUUGUACCUAGAUUUACAUGCCUUUUUUUUUUUUUUUUUUUAGACACUUUAACAAUUCCUACCACUUAUAACUCUUUCUGGGUCAGAAGUACUUUUGAUAGUCGGCGUCAGAUCACUGGUAAUGUUUUUUUUUUCUUUCUUUCUUUUUCCAACGUCACUAACUUCACAUGAGAGAGAUGAUGGUGAUAGUGUCUUGAAAUUUCUGCACUACGUGUGUGCUUUAUAUUUCUGUUAUGUUACGUAGACGUUUUCCUGCGUGUUCAUGGUUCGUGCUGUGUAUAUUACGUUUUUAUCUGACUAAUCAGGAGGAGAAUGGGUCCAAGCAGGAUUCUAGAAAAAGCGUGUGAUCUCGGAGGAGGUGAAGCGUUUCUCCCACAGCUCUGACAGAAAACAACACUGAUCUCAUUUGACCAGCAGAGUUUCAGAGUUCCCCCACUACUAGAACGCUAUGAACUCCCAGGGGGCUUCGCAAACGUUGAGAAAUCAGUAAUGCAGCCGGAUUGAUUUUUUUUUUUCCACGGCUGCUUUUUUUCCCCCCUUCAGGCAGAGUGUGCUGACUCAUGCACUCUGCAGAAACAGAUCGACUCCUCCAAAGAAGAAGUCUUUCACACCCAGGUGUUGAUUUGUCGCAUGCUAGUUCUGCAUUGAGUUUUGCAAAGGCAUGUAUGCAUGUCCAUCCCUUCCCCCGGUGUACUGCGUGCGAGUUAUUUUGGCACUUCGGUCCUGACUGAGGAAGAGAAUGCGUAUUGGGAAUCAGCUUGUCCAAGAUAAGUUCAGGCUUGACAGACAUUUGGGAAAUCUGUUCAGAAAUCAGCAGUAGUCCCAUCUGCCCCUGAUAAAAUGUUCUCUGACCGGCCAGGAGGGGGUCCUGAUGCAUGCUGGUGAAUGUGUGCGGUUGUUUCUGUCUGUUCAAAUGCCCUCCAUAUCUUCCCAAAGUAAACAGCUCACAUCAAGGCCUUAUUCAUUUUUAAUUCACGUGUAUUUUUUUUUUUUUUUUUAGUCAACCUCUAAAUGGUGCCUUUUCCAGACCUAAUAUCUAAUUUAAAAACAUUUCGCAGAAAUGUCAGACUAGCAGCUGAAAAACAGUCCACAAAAAGAAUGACGUGUAAUUAAAAAAAAAAAAAACUUUGAAAAAGGUGUUUAAAGCCUUUUUUUUUAUAAAGGUUUUCGAAGAAUGAAUGAAUAAAUAAAUAACUAAAUAAAUCAGUGUGCCGUGACGAAACAAAUUGAAAGCGACAUCUUGUAAAUCCAGAAUGGGAUUUCAGUCUGCUGACCAUUUCUAAAGCGUAUUGCCUUGACAGUCUGCUCUGAUAAAUAUACAUAAAAGGCUAUCACUGGUAAUAAACCUCCUCGGACUCGUUAGCAUUUUAUAAUACCGUACUGUUUCUUUACAAGUCGUGUGGCUUCUAUAGUGCUUCCAUUGUUUGAUUCCUUUAGUGACUGUAAAAAUUGUGAAAAUUUCAGAGUAACUGUAAUACUGUAUAUAAGAACUGUAUAAAUUCAGUAAAAUAAAUAAAUAAAUAAAAAAAACCUU